AUGGAGAGCUCAAAAGUAGUCCCCCAUAAGCAACUUGAGCGGGACCAGAAUAAAAGAAGUUUGCCAUUACAGGAACUAGUGACAUUUGAGGAUGUAGCUGUGGAUUUCACGAAGGAGGAGUGGCAAUACCUGAACUCUCCACAGAGGACUCUGUACCGAGACGUGAUGCUUGAAACCUAUAGCAACCUCGUUUCUGUAGGCAAAGUGGCUUCCACAGGCUCUGAAGAACAAGGAAGUACCUAUCAUUUAUCAUCCUCAGAACAGCAGGUUACUAAGCCUGAUCUCAUUAUCAAGCUGGAGGUAGAAGAACCAGACCCAGAAGAUGUGGAAAUUCCAGUUUGGAGCUUUCCAGAAGUCUGCCAAGUUAAUGAACAAUUUGAGAGGCAACAUCAAGAUAAACAAGAUAAGUAUCUGUUGAUGCAAGUUGGAUUCCCUAAUGACAAAAUAAUUACCAAGAGUGGCCAGAACCAUACUGAAUUUGGAAGCGCAUUUCAUGUGAGCACAAGUCUUGUUGUUCCAAUGCAAAGAUCCCAUCAAUUUGAAUCAUUUGGAAAUAACAUGGUAGACAAUUUCAACUUACUUACUAGAAGCUCUACAGAAAAUAAACAUGAUACUGGGUGUGCAAAAUUUUUCUUCCAUACAGAAUAUGCAAAUCCUAAUUUCAUGAUGAAACCCUAUGGAUAUAAAGAAUAUGAAAAAACCCUCAGGCAAAAGAAAAGCCUUAGCCUUCAUCAACGAAUUAAAAAUGGAGAGAGGCCUUUUGAAUGUACUGCAUGUCAGAAAACCUUCAGCAAAAAGUCACAUCUCAUUGUCCAUUGGAGAACUCAUACAGGAGAAAAACCAUUUGAAUGUUCUGAGUGUGGGAAAGCCUUUAGCCAAAAGUCUCAGCUCAUUAUACACCUCAGAACUCAUACAGGAGAAAGACCCUUUGCAUGUCCAGAAUGUGGCAAAGCCUUUAGAGAAAAGUCAACUGUCAUCAUACAUUAUAGAACUCAUACAGGAGAGAAGCCUUAUGAAUGUAAUGAAUGUGGGAAAGCCUUUACACAGAAAUCAAACCUCAUUGUCCAUCAAAAAACCCACACAGGAGAAAAAACCUAUGAGUGUACCAAGUGUGGGGAAUCUUUCAUACAGAAACUUGACCUAAUUAUACACCAUAGUACUCACACAGGAAAGAAGCCUCAUGAAUGUAAUGAGUGUAAGAAAACAUUCAGUGAUAAGUCAGCCCUUAUUAUACAUCAGAGAACUCACACUGGAGAGAAACCUCAUAAGUGUAUUGAAUGUGGGAAGUCUUUCAAUGAGAAAUCAACCCUCAUUGUGCACCAAAGAACUCACACUGGUGAGAAGCCCUAUGAAUGUGAUGUAUGUGGGAAAACUUUCACCCAAAAAUCAAAUCUGGGUGUGCAUCAAAGAACUCAUUCAGGAGAGAAACCAUUUGCGUGUAAUGAAUGUGAAAAAGCCUUCUCUCAGAAAUCCUACCUCAUGCUACAUCAACGAGGCCACACUGGUGAGAAGCCCUAUGAAUGCAAUGAAUGUGAGAAGGCAUUUUCCCAGAAGUCCUAUCUCAUUAUACAUCAAAGAACCCAUACAGAAGAAAAACCUUACAAAUGUAAUGAAUGUGGAAAGGCCUUUCGAGAAAAGUCAAAACUCAUUAUCCAUCAGAGGAUCCACACAGGAGAGAAACCCUAUGAAUGCCUUGUGUGCUGGAAAGCUUUCAGCCAGAAGUCACAGCUCAUUAUCCAUCAGAGAACACACACAGGAGAAAAACCCUAUGAAUGCACAGAAUGUGGCAAAGCAUUCAGAGAAAAAUCAACAUUCACUGUACAUCAAAGAACUCACACUGGAGAGAAACCCUAUAAGUGUACAGAAUGUGGGAAAGCCUUUACCCAGAAAUCCAACCUUAUUGUACAUCAGAGGACCCAUACAGGAAAGAAAGCCCAUGGAAGAGGCCACACUCACAAGUCAAAGCCCACUAUGCAGUAGUGUCUUUCAUACAUUCCAAAGGAAAAACUAUUCAUUUAAUGUUUAAAAACUAUGACUUGGAUUCUAGCCUAAUCAUUGGGAUAAAGACCAUUUCCUUUCAUCUUUUUCACCCUAAUGCAAAUUGAAAAAGAAUUAGAUGUGUAAUUUCUUUGAAACCACUGGAAUCAUAGGGCUACCAGAGGAAGAGGCAAUCGAGCACCAGUGCAGGAGAUUUAAGGGCUUCAGAAGUGAGGCAGCAGUGUUAAGGACUCUGUUGAGGGUUCAGUUGUACUCUAAGGUGCAUGACCACAGACAGCUAUGACAAAGAUCAUGUGAGGUCUGGGGAGAAACGAGCAGAAAAACCUUGCAUUUACAGAAAGUAAUCUGACAGAUUUGAGGAACAGCUGGAGGUGAGGGAGAUGGGGCAAAUAAAGGGAUAUAGUUGGCCUUGUUUACUGAUUUAGAGAAAGUAAAGUCUGAAAGAACUAACAUAUGUUGAGGGGUGUCUCAAUUGUUUAAAAAACUGAUAUAAUGGUAUGUUCCUCACAAGAACUUUUGGAAAAUAGCAAGUCCAGAAAUGACUUUUCUCAUCAAAAUAAAAGCAUUUAAAAGUAAUCAAAACCACAAAUACAUUUCCACUUCUAGAAAUACAUAUACUGGUAUGUUUGUAAAAUACUCAAAACAAAGAGGUAUUUGUUGAUGUAUUGUUUGAAAACUAAAGAUUAGAAGCUGUUGAAAUUGCAUCACAUGGAUUCUGCCUCCUGAAACUGAUAAUGUUCUUACAGCAGACUCCUCAGAGACAAAAAGGAACAAAACAUGGAUAUCACUAGUGAUUUAAGGUGAUCUCCAAGUUACAUCAUUAGAUAGGAAAAGCAAGGCACAGCAAAGUGAGUAUUAUGUUUUACUCUUUGUAUGUAAAAGGGGGAAAAUUGUAAGUACAGAAUGGAUUGUAUGUAUAAGCUGUUUCUGGAAAGGAAUAUAAAAAUGUGAUUACUAUUACUACUUUACAAAAGGAAAUAGGGCAGUAGGUUACUAGGGAGAUGAAACUUGGAGACAACUUUGUAUUCUUUCAUACCUUUGGAAAGUUGUACUAUCAGUUUGAAAAAUAAAUCUUUAAAAUUGUA